UAUUCUUUUAUACUUUUUAUACUAUGGCUCAGCCUUAUGACCCUUAUGUUCCUAACCUCAGUGCUGGUGCCAGCAACCAAACUGGAAAAGAAAAUUCAAAAACAGCCCGAGUUCAGCAACAAGUAGACGAAGUCGUGGGUAUUAUGCAAGAAAAUAUCGACAAAGUUGUCCAAAGAGGUGAGCGAUUGGAUGAUUUACGAGGAAAGACAGAGGAUUUACAGGCAACAGCAGGCCAUUUCCGCCGUGGAGCUAAUCAGGUGCGUAAGAGAAUGUGGUGGAAAGAUUUGAAAUGGAAAAUCAUUAUUGCUGUAACCAUUUUGGUCAUUCUUGGUAUCAUUAUAGGUUCGAUUGUCGGUACACAGACAAACAAAGGCAACCAAUAAUGUAUAUAUAUCUCUUUAUCUGUAUGUUUGUAUUCCCUUAUGAAAAAAAAAAACUUUUUAUUGUAUAAACGAAAAUCUGAGUCAGUACCAAUAUGGUUUAUAAUGUGACCGUGCAUCAUAUGUCAAUAUAUUUCACUCUCUUUUUUUUUU